AUGUUGUGUAAUCUCAGCCAUUGCAUAGGAUCCUCAACUGAUCAUUGUAGACUGAGACUUUUACAGAGGUUGCGUCUUGAUUGCGCAUAUCAAAGAGGGCGGGAUCAGUUACGCGUGGGCCGCCUGCGAAAAGCUUCCUUGCCGAGGAUAACGAAGAGAAAGACUCAACCGAUUGGCGCUCUCUCAAGUACACAAGCAUAUCAGAUGGAAUCUCACCUUCAGGGGCAUUAGUUUCGAGAAGAUCAUAGACGGCUUCAAUUGCAGUUCCAAUGCUCCAGGCCUGAGAAUGGCAACUGGCGUGACAGUAUUCUCCGUUAA